AUGGCAGUAACUCUUAAUAAAUUUACGAAAGUAUGGUCUUCCACUUACAACAAUGUAAGAGCGCUAUCGACAACAUACCCUAACAAAGCCAAAGUAAGUUUCAAUUGGGAAGAUCCUUUGAACUUGGAAACUCAAUUGCUUGACGAUGAAAAGGCAGUUCGUGAUUCAGUUAAGGCCUAUUGUAAUGAAAAACUGUUGCCGAGAAUCAUAGAAGCAAAUAGAAAGGAGUUAUUCGAUAGAGAGAUAUACAAGGAAAUGGGUCAACUCGGUAUCCUGGGCUGCACUAUCAACGGGUACGACUGCGCCGGAGUCUCCAGCGUUACUUACGGGUUGAUAACAAAAGAAUUAGACGGCGUGGACUCGUCUUAUAGAUCAGCAAUGAGUGUUCAAAGUAGUUUAGCCAUGGGCGCUAUUUACAUGUAUGGUUCGGAGGAACAGAAACAAAAGUAUCUACCGAAAAUGGCCAGAGGCGAACUAGUCGGUUGUUUUGGACUAACAGAACCGAAUUUCGGCAGCGACGCAGGUGGAAUGGUGACUAGAGCGAAAUACGAUUCGAAAACUAAAACGUACAUACUAUCCGGGUCUAAAACGUGGAUAACGAAUUCCCCGAUCGCCGAUGUACUCAUAAUAUGGGCAAAGAACGAGGAAGACAAGGUAAGGGGUUUUAUAGUUGAGCGAGCGCAAGUGAAAAAAGGUUUGGAUACGCCAAAAAUCAACGGUAAGUUUUCCUUGAGAGCCUCAGCGACGGGCAUGAUAUUACUCGACGAAGUGGCCAUCCCAGAGGAGAAUUUAUUGCCAAACGUUGUAGGAAUGAGGGGGCCAUUCGGAUGUCUCAAUAAUGCGCGGUACGGGAUCGCUUGGGGCGUUCUCGGAGCGGCAGAAACGUGUUUGCGGAUCGCUCGGCAGUACACAUUAGACAGGAAACAAUUUGGGAGACCGCUCGCUUCGAAUCAGCUGAUACAGAAGAAAAUGGCCGAUAUGAUGACGGAGAUAAGCCUCGGUCUGCAGGCCUGUUUACAUGUUGGUCGCUUGAAGGAUAAGAAUUUGGCAGCUCAUGAGAUGGUUUCGUUGUUGAAGAGGAAUAAUUGCGGUAAGGCGUUGGAGAUAGCAAGAGUCGCGAGGGACAUGCUCGGUGGGAACGGCGUGUCGGAUGAAUAUCAUAUUAUUAGACACGUCAUGAAUCUGGAAGCUGUCAACACUUAUGAGGGAACGCAUGAUAUUCACGCGUUAAUAUUGGGUAGAGCUAUAACUGGGUUGCCGUCUUUCUAA